ACCAAAUCUCGCGAGAACGGACGAGGGGAUAAGUUAAGGAAACAUGGCGAUGCCUAAUUUGUUAAAGAACAAGGGUUCCCUCCAGUUUGAGGACAAGUGGGAUCUUAUGCGUCCCAUUGUCCUUAAGUUGCUUCGCCAAGAAUCUGUUACUAAGCAGCAGUGGUUUGAUCUUUUCUCAGAUGUUCAUGCAGUUUGUCUAUGGGAUGACAAAGGACCAGCAAAGAUCCACCAGGCCCUCAAGGAGGACAUCUUAGAUUUUAUUAAACAAGCUCAAGCGCGAGUGCUCAGUCACCAAGAUGAUACGGCGCUCCUCAAGGCUUACAUCGUGGAGUGGAGGAAGUUCUUCACGCAGUGUGACAUUCUGCCCAAGCCGUUCUGCCAGCUGGAGAUCACCCUGAUGGGCAAACAGGGCAGCAACAAGAAGUCCAAUGUGGAGGACAGCAUUGUUAGGAAGCUGAUGCUGGAUACUUGGAACGAAUCUAUAUUCUCCAACAUCAAGAAUAGAUUGCAAGAUAGUGCGAUGAAAUUGGUCCAUGCCGAACGACUGGGAGAAGCGUUUGACUCGCAGUUGGUCAUUGGGGUCAGAGAGUCAUAUGUGAACCUGUGCUCCAAUCCUGAUGAUAAACUGCAGAUCUACAGGGAUAACUUUGAGAAAGCCUACCUAGACUCCACUGAGAGGUUCUACAGGACCCAGGCGCCGUCCUACCUGCAGCAGAACGGAGUACAAAACUACAUGAAAUAUGCAGACGUUAAGUUAAGAGAAGAGGAGAAACGUGCACUACGAUAUUUAGAGACAAGACGUGAAUGUAACUCUGUACAAGCACUUAUGGAAUGUUGUGUGAAUGCACUGGUAACGUCAUUUAAAGAAACUAUCUUGGCUGAAUGUCCAGGCAUGAUCAAACGAAAUGAGACUGACAAGCUGCACCUCAUGUUCUCUCUCAUGGAUAAAGUGCCCAAUGGGAUUGAACCCAUGUUGAAAGACUUGGAGGAGCACAUCAUCAGUGCUGGACUGGCAGACAUGGUGGCCGCUGCAGAGACCAUCACAACUGACUCUGAGAAGUACGUGGAGCAGCUCCUGACUCUGUUCAAUCGAUUUAGUAAAUUAGUGAAGGAAGCGUUCCAGGAUGAUCCUCGGUUCCUUACAGCCAGAGACAAAGCAUACAAAGCAGUUGUGAAUGAUGCCACAAUAUUUAAGUUGGAGCUGCCAAUGAAACAGAAGGGAGUGGGCCUAAAAACACAACCAGAAUCAAAGUGUCCGGAGCUGCUGGCUAACUAUUGUGACAUGCUGCUAAGAAAGACGCCACUCAGCAAAAAGCUGACCUCAGAGGAGAUCGAGCUCAAACUGAAGGAAGUGCUACUUGUGCUGAAAUACGUCCAGAAUAAGGAUGUGUUCAUGAGGUACCACAAAGCCCACCUGACCAGACGUCUGAUCCUGGACAUCUCAGCGGACAGUGAGAUUGAGGAGAACAUGGUCGAGUGGCUCAGGGAAGUUGGGAUGCCUGCUGACUAUGUGAACAAGCUAGCUAGAAUGUUGCAGGACAUCAAAGUGUCCGAAGAUCUUAACCAGGUUUUCAAGGAAGUGCACAAACACAACAAGCUGGCUUUACCAGCGGACUCUGUGAACAUAAAGAUCUUGAAUGCUGGAGCGUGGUCACGCAGCUCAGAGAAAGUGUUCGUGUCUCUGCCCACCGAGCUGGAAGACCUCAUUCCUGAGGUGGAAGACUUCUACAAGAAGAACCACAGCGGCCGAAAACUCCACUGGCACCACCUCAUGUCCAAUGGCAUUAUCACUUUCAAGAACGAAGUAGGGCAGUACGACCUGGAGGUCACGACCUUUCAGCUGGCUGUACUUUUUGCCUGGAACCAAAGACCACGAGAGAAGAUCAGUUUUGAGAACCUGAAACUUGCCACUGAGCUGCCUGAUGCUGAACUGAGACGAACUCUCUGGUCUCUCGUUGCCUUCCCAAAGCUCAAACGCCAAGUGCUGUUAUAUGAACCUCAAGUGAGCUCUGCCAAAGACUUCACAGACAGUACAUUGUUUUUCGUUAACCAGGAAUUCUCCUUGAUAAAAAACACCAAGGUUCAAAAGAGGGGGAAAAUAAACCUAAUUGGCCGAUUGCAGCUGACGACGGAGCGAAUGAGAGAAGAGGAGAACGAAGGCAUCGUCCAGCUUAGAAUAUUAAGAACACAGGAGGCCAUCAUUCAGAUCAUGAAGAUGCGCAAGAAGAUCACAAACGCUCAGCUGCAGACCGAGCUGGUGGAGAUCCUGAAGAACAUGUUCCUCCCUCAGAAGAAAAUGAUCAAGGAACAGAUCGAGUGGCUCAUUGAGCACAAGUACAUCAAGAGAGACGAAACGGACAUUAACACUUUCACCUACAUGGCGUAACGCAGAAACGACUCCGGAGAUGAUCCGUGACCGUUCUUGAGGACGGCGUACCUGUCGAGGAUCAGGAUGGUGAUGUCUCGAAGAUACUGCUUAGGCUGCUGGUCUGGUGGCGUAGUCAUGAGCUUGUUUUAACAACAGACAGUCACACAUCAGAUUAAAAAAAUGUAUUUAAAAAAAUUAUAAAUCCCUGCCUUACCUUACAGUGAAGAAACAUGGGAUGAGGAUAG